GAGUGUUUGAAAAAAAAAACUGAAACGGGGCCAUUGUCAUUCAAAGCUGCCAGCCGCCGUCCCCUGCCACUGCCACCUCAUAAGCCCUACCACUACCGGGCUACCAUAGAGAGAAGGCGCGCGAAGCGCGAGCAGAAUCCGCGCAGAAAAGCAACUACCUCCGGUCCUCCGCUGGCCCGCAACGCAUCACUCUCGCCCUCGCGAGAUCCCCAAUCUCGCCGCAGGUGUCUCGCCGGAGUGACCCCCAUUGCGGCGCGGGUUAUCGAUUCCGCGGCCAGCAGUUCUUCCCCUUCUGCUGUGGGUCCCGCGACUCGAUUCGAGCUGUUCUGCCGCGGAGGCGGCCGCCCCAGCCGCGGCCAAGGCGCGCGCAUUGCGAGGGAUAUUUUAUAGAUGACGAAGGCAGCAACUCUUUAUGGGAGCAAGACACAGAGCGAUGCCCUACGGCCAGGGCCAUUGCGCCCAGCAAAUAUUAUCAGAAAUAAAUUCCCCACAUACAAGAAUGGUUCAAAUGGUAUAGUGAUCAAGCUGGCUGAUGGUCCAGAAAUGCCACCUCUCAAGGAGAUCGUUGCAAAGGAAACUGCAGAUCUACUUGAUCGUCGUCAGCGUCUCUCUGUUCGUGAACUUGCGAUGAAGUUUGAGAAGGGUCUCAACACUGCCACGCUGUUGUCGAAUGAGGUUAAAUGGAGACAAGUAGCUUUGCUGGAGCGGGAUAUCCUUUUGAAAAAUCUAAAGUGUGUAUUAGAAUCAUUGAGAGGCCGGGUGACAGGCAAAACUAAGGAUGAAAUCGAGGAGUCUAUAUCUAUGGUGGAGAUCCUUGCGGUUCAGCUCUCCAAAAGAGAAGCCGAGUUGCUUCAACAAAAAGAAGAGGUCACAAAAUUAGCAAAAUCAUUAAAGCAGGCUUCUGAAGAUGCAAAGAGAAUUGUUGAAGAAGAAAGAGCUAAUGCUCAUACAGAAAUAGAAACUGCUAAGAGUUCUGUCCAAAGAGUUCAGCAAGCAGUUCAGGAGCAUGAGAAGAUGUCCCAAAAUACCGGGAAGCAAGACAUGGAAGAACUAAAGAAAGAAGUUAGAGAAGCCCGGAGGAUCAAAAUGUUGCAUCAGCCCAGCAAGGCAAUGGAUCUGGAAAAUGAAAUACGAAUUUUACGUAACACAUUCGCUGAGAAGUCCAAGGAUUGUGUUAAUCUUUUGAAAGAGUUGGAAAUGCAUAAAAGGUUAAAAGAAAAUGGUACCAUCCCUUCUUUCGAUCUGGAGGGUCUCCAAUGCUUAGGAUCAAUGCUACGUAUAGUUGGUUUGAGUGGCACUCACAUGGAUUUGUCAAAUAUUUCAAUCCAGUGGUUCCGGAUACAUCCAAAAGAAAGCAACAAAGAGAUCAUUUCAGGCGCCACAAGACCAGUAUAUGCUCUGGAGCCACAUGAUGUUGGGCGCUAUUUGCAAGCUGAAAUCGAUGUCGGCGGUGAAAUUGCAGUUGCAAAGACAGCUGGGCCAGUAGACCCUGAUGCUGGAUUGGUUGAUUAUGUGGAGACACUCGUAAGGAAACCUGAAACUGAAUUCAAUGUUGUUGUGCUUCAAUUGAAUGGCAUUGACCUGCCAAAAGAGUCAGUUCAUGUUCUCAAUGUCGGAAGGCUGCGGAUGAGACUUACUAAAGGGAAUUCAGUAGUUGCCAAGGAAUUCUAUUCCUCAUCAAUGCAGUUAUGUGGUGUUAGAGGUGGUGGCGAAGCAGCCUCGCAGGCGAUGUUUUGGCGACCCAGAAAUGACCUCAGCUUGGUGCUAGCCUUCGAGAGCACUCGAGAACGCAACACGGCCAUCAUGCUCGCUCGGCGUUUCGCUGUAGACUGCAAUAUCAUCCUUGCUGGGCCAGGCGACAAAACUCCCUGGUGAUGGCACCUGUGCUGCUCUGCCAAUCCCCACCACUCUUAACAAUCCGCGAUUCGCACAGCUUGCUUGCACCAGUUCCUCUGAUUUUCCUUCCUCGUCAGUCUGGCUCUGUUUUUAAGGCGUCGCCUAGGCGUCGCCUAGGCGUCCGGGCGGUGGUCUAACGCCUAGGCGCCUUGCCCGCCUACCUCGCCUAGGCGUCCAGGCGGUCCUCCAACGCCUUGGACCGCCUUACCGCUUUAAAAACCAUGCAGUCUGGGCUGUGCUGUGCUGUUCUGUGUGAAGGCGCCGUGCGCACCGUUUUAACCGCCUCGGCGCCGCCUUUCCAUCUCGCUGUGCUGUGUUUUUUUUUUCAGUCGGGUGGGUUGUAAUCUGUUGCUAGGAGAUGCGACAGUAAUGUAAGCUUGGUGCGGUACACGUCUAAUUAAUUGUGUUUGACGUGUUAGCGUUGGUGUUGAAGCAAUGCUAGGUAACAUGUGUGCCCAAAUACUGGUUAUUAUUACUAUCACCGU